CUGGCUAGCCAGUUGUUUUGGGAGAAGAAGAAAAGGGCUACAAGCGGAAGAAACACCGUAUUUGGUGGCGGAUAGUUUUUCGGUUUAUGGUCCCGGUUUUUAAACACACUUUGAAUUAUGUCGACCCCGGCAAGGAGACGGCUUAUGAGAGAUUUUAAAAGACUUCAAGAAGAUCCUCCCACCGGUGUGAGUGGAGCACCAUCAGAGAACAACAUCAUGCUUUGGAACGCUGUUAUUUUUGGACCUGUGGGAACACCAUUUGAAGAUGGAACAUUUAAGCUUCUGAUAGAGUUUUCAGAGGAAUACCCAAACAAGCCUCCUACAGUUCGAUUUGUGUCCAGAAUGUUUCAUCCAAAUGUUUAUGCCGAUGGCAGUAUAUGUUUAGACAUCCUUCAGAAUCGCUGGAGCCCCACAUAUGAUGUGUCAUCCAUACUCACUUCUAUCCAGUCAUUGCUGGAUGAGCCAAACCCAAACAGUCCUGCCAACAGUCAGGCCGCACAGCUCUAUCAGGAAAACAAGAGGGAGUACGAGAAGAGGGUGACGGCCAUCGUGGAGCAGAGCUGGGUGGACGUCUGAGCUUUUCCUCACUCUUUACUCCUUCCUUUCUAUCACCCUGUCUUCAUCAUCCCCAUCACCUCAGUCUCCUUUUUUUUACCUCAUCUAAAAAAACAAACAACUCUAUCUGAAGAACUCAAGUGCCACCCUGUGAAAAAAAAUGAAUGAAAAACCUCCAGAGAACAACCAAACCAGAAUGGACAUUAACUUGCUUGCCAAUACACUUGAGGAAAAUGAGGGAGGGAUAUCAAUCUUUUAUUUGUUUUUGUCCUUUUUAUUUUACUUUUUUUAUUGCAUGAUGUGAAAUAAGUUAUUGCUAACAGAAUUUGUAAUAUAUCUUUGUUUGGAUGGAUUUUAGUUGGACUGUUAGUGUCUUUGAGUUCACGUUUUUUUGUUUUUCUUUGUUCCUUUUGUAAGGUCUGCUGGUUUUUGAGUCGUGAAAGAAUCCAGAAAAUGCCUUCUCAGAGUCGGUAUCGUUGAUAUUCAAGUUUUAAGUAAUGCAGCUGAUAAAGAACAAUUCCCGAUC